AUGGGCCACAAAAUCUCCGUCAUCCACGGCGUCAAAUCCGAAAACUACUACCGGCCCGGCAACGCCAUCAACGAGAUCUGGGUCGGCGACGUCGAGCUGAUCUCGCGUCUCCCCUUCACCGACUCCGACAUGGCUCAGGCAUCUUGGCCUAAAGGCCAGUUUCCGAAGAUCCCGUGGCAUAAUUUUAUUAUUCCGCUGAAGAGGGGGUUCGAUGCUCUGAAGGGGAGUGUUGGAGGCAAUAUGCACGUCGUGAAGGAGGUAGUUGGAGGCAACUUGCACGUCGUGAAGGAGGCAGUUGGAGGCAACUUGCACGUCGUGAAGGAGGCAGUUGGAGGCAACUUGCACGCCGUGAAGAAGCGCAGCGCUGGCGCCGUUACAGAGGCCAUUGUGGCUGCGGCGAAUGUGCACACCAUGAAGCACAAACUCGAUACCCCCAAAGAGAGCAAUUCCUCAACCACCUUCUUCCACCACAACCACUGCUUCCUGUUCCUCGCCGGCGCGAUGCUCUAUUUCUUCGCGUACGAAACUUGCAAACUCUCCGAGAACAUCUGUCGAAUGGAGCUUCCAUCGGGUCGCAAGCUCGGCGUGGAUAUCUACUAUGAUAGCUACAAAGCCUGGCUCAUGAAGAAGCGUAUCGUCGCGAUGGCGGCCAUCUGCUUGGCAUGGGUUAUGUGGGCGUUGGGGAGUCUGAUCAUGACCGUGAUCCUUCGGAAUCUGGGCCUGGACUUCCCCCGGUGCCAGACCACGUAUACUUUGGUUCUUAAUGUGCCCAUGCUCUUCUUCUGCGCCAGGGCUUGUGUCGCGAUGGGCCAUAUUCGGCGUCAGCAGGACCUUCUUGAGUUGCAGUCGCUCAGGGAGCAUUUGGAGGAGAGGGUCGUGGAUAAUUCUACUCGGGUCUAG